AUGGGCGGCCGCCUCUCCGUGCCCCGCGGCCCCGAAGGCCUCACAGAAACCUCUCGCCCCACACGCCCACCUCGCCCCCGCAACUUCAACAUCAACUCCCGCACAGUAGUUGCCCCCCUAGCAGCCCUAACAAUGGCCUGUCUCCUCUUUGUCUACAGCAGGACCAGCAUCCGCGCCGCAAAACUCAACGCGCAGAAGCAGCGCGAGGCCGACGGCGGCCAGAUCAGCUGGCACCGGGAGUCGAUGCGGCGGCAUGGCCAGCUCGAGACGGUGAGUGAUCGGGAGAAUCUCAGGGAUGCGCUGUGGGGCGCGAAGAAGAACAAGGAGGUUAAGGCCAAGGUUGAGGAGGACAUGGGUGGGAAGGUUGGCGAGGAUGCGGUGAGGGGGAGGGUUAAGAGGAGCGCGGAGGAGGCGGCGCUGAGGAGGGCUAUGAGGAAGGAUGAUGGAUGA